AUGGUGAGCCCGACAACUUCCGAAGUGCCUCCUACCAUGGGGGUCAAGAUCUUCUCAGCUGGCGUGGCCGCCUGUCUGGCAGAUAUCAUCACCUUCCCGCUGGACACAGCCAAAGUCCGGCUUCAGAUCCAAGGUGAAGGCCAUAACUCCAGCACCAUUAGGUAUAAAGGUGUCCUGGGAACCAUCACCACCCUGGCAAAAACAGAAGGGUUGCCAAAACUGUACAGCGGUCUGCCUGCUGGCAUUCAGAGACAAAUCAGCUUUGCCUCACUCAGGAUUGGCCUCUACGAUACUGUCCAAGAGUACUUCUCUUCAGGGAGAGAAACGCCUCCCACUUUGGGAAACAGGAUCUCAGCUGGCUUGAUGACUGGAGGUGUGGCAGUAUUCAUCGGGCAACCUACGGAGGUCGUGAAAGUCAGACUCCAAGCACAGAGCCACCUACACGGGAUCAAACCUCGCUACACUGGGACCUACAAUGCUUACAGAAUUAUAGCUACAACAGAAAGCUUCUCAACACUCUGGAAAGGGACAACCCCUAAUCUGAUCAGGAAUAUCAUCAUCAAUUGCACAGAGCUGGUAACAUAUGACCUCAUGAAGGGGGCCCUUGUGAACAACCAAAUACUGGCAGACGAUGUUCCGUGCCACUUACUGUCAGCUCUUGUCGCCGGGUUUUGCACCACACUCCUGGCCUCUCCGGCAGAUGUGGUAAAAACAAGAUUCAUCAACUCUCUACCAGGACAGUACCCAAGUGUGCCCAGCUGUGCAAUGACCAUGUUCACCAACGAAGGACCAACAGCUUUCUUCAAAGGGUUUGUGCCCUCUUUCCUGCGACUCGCAUCCUGGAAUGUCAUCAUGUUCGUGUGCUUUGAACAGCUGAAGAAAGAAUUGAUGAAGUCAAGGCAGACGGUGGACUGCACCACAUAACCCACUUGGAGAAGAUGAUGGAGUACAGCAGCGGGUCCCUAUGCCUGGAGACUGUGAA